UCAAUCGUUCAUUUGCUCGCAAACGCAUGUGUUGUUGGGGUGCAGUGCAUCAAAAUUUUAUUUCGACAUUUUAAUUCGGGGCUGGAGACAAAAAGUAAAAUUAAAGGAAUAAGCAGUUUGUCGAACAAAAUUCCUUCCCCGCUGGAAUCGAUCUAGUAACCACGAGUAUUGCGAAUAGCAAUAAUUUUUCAAUUUGAUUAGUGUCAGAAUUUUUGUGAAUGGAUUCCGACCCCGAGGUUGUGUUGGUAGAUAAAGUGGAUGAGGACGAACUUUCAGCGGAUAAGGACAGUGGAAUGGAAUCGUCAGGCAACAGCAAAGAUGAUACACCGGAACGAAAACAGGUAGAGGAAAAUUCCAAAAAGGAACCUACGAACGCAGUGCCAUCCACUUCAAACCCUGUACCAACACCGCAGCCGGUACCAAAAGCUGCGGCAGUCGCUACGCCUGCUGCCAUCAAAAACAAGGAAGAUGAUUAUGAUGACGAACCGGAGGAAACCCUCUCGGAGCGACUCUGGGGCUUGACGGAAAUGUUUCCGGACACAGUGCGAAGCUUUUCCGGUGCGGUAACGGACUUCUCCGUUGCCAGUGUAAAAACGGUUUACAAAUUCACCUGCAAUGCUUCGUGGAUCUUUUUCACCAGUUCCAUGAUUUUGUUCGCACCGAUCGUCUUUGAGGUGGAACGCGCUCAGAUGGAAGAAAUGCAAAAGACCCAACAGAAACAAGUCCUCCUCGGCCCGGGAUCGGCCGUCAGUGGAACCCCCGGUGGAAUAGCUGCAAUGCCGCCGAUGGCGGCACGAUAAAUUCACCGUUUGGCAAUUGUAAUAACGAGCAUGUAAGCAGCUUUGUUAGACUGGAGAGAGGCAUUUUCAGCAAUUUCCAAGAUUCAUACAUACGUUCAUCUCAAAAGGAUGUAAGGAAGGUUAGUUCACAGAAAGAAGAUUUCCUAUGUUGAAUUUUACUCUCAAAAUAAAUAAGAAGUCUUGUCUGGAACAAUUUGAUUAUAAAAUCCAAUAACCAAAAUCUGUCUAGAAACUGUUACUUGUAGUCUUACCUUAAAUAAACAGCUGUAAAAUAUCCUCAAAGUAUAUUAUUUGUGAGAGAAAAGUUAACAAGA